UCGUCGGAUACAUGUGGAACACAACGAACACAGCAGGAGCCUUUCGCGUCUCAUCCCUCGAAUACAAUGCGAAAAAGUCUGUACAAAAAAUAGACACAAAAAGAAAAACACCACUCUGUGCAUAAAAUAUUACUCCAGAAAGGUGUAGCACAAACGGAAAACCUCAAAGAAUACGUUUAAAAUGGAAUUACGGUGCGGGAAUUGAUAGAGUGCAGAGUGUUUAAAGAUAAAUAUCAAGUGAAAUAAAACGAAUACAUUAAUAAUUCAUGGUCCUCAAAUCACAGCCAGAAGCUUACUAGUUUGAUAAGAAAUUAAACGAAAAUCAUUAAAGAUAAAGUGUACAAAAAAAGUUAUAGCGAGUCGAAUACUUUUUAGGUAAACCGCAAUCCGAACAACUCAAACAAAGUUGACAAAAAAAGCUCACGCCCCUCACGUCUCAGUUUUUUCUCUCGUAUUAUUUGUGAAAGUGCAACAAACAUAUAUAAAAAGAAAAGGGAUAGGAGAAGAGAGGAUAAAAGAUAGCAGCAGCAGCAGGAGCAGCAGGGCCUGCAAAGGAAUUGCUAUCGUUUGGGGAUUACGGAAUUAUCGGGAUCCGUGCUCAUUAAAAUGGAUUUAAGCCAAUGCCGAUGUGCUGAGCUGCAUUUGUGCAUGGGAUUAUCGAUUGUAGUGCGCAGUCAUCAAAUUAUGUUUGAACAACGCCGCCGCAACAGCGAUAAAAGCAACAACAACAUCACAAGCAACAACAACAAACACUGAAUUGUCCCCUGACCCCUUUUUUGGAAAUACCGUGACCCCCUCAAAAAAAACACACACACACCCCCCACGCCCCUGCCCGCGCGAAAAGGAGCAGCGCAAAACGAACAAUCGUCUUAUGAAACAAUUGAAGCACCGGCCAAAGGAGCAAAGGAGCAGACAAAGACAAAAACAACGGCAAAGGAUAAAGCGGAGACCGAAAAGAAGAAGCAGCACCACCAAAGUAUACAAGCGAGAGCAGUCGUAGCAACAACAACAACAGCAACAACAACAUCGCAUUUUUAAACGGCAAUACGCAAAGAUAUGACAAGUGAUGGUGCUGUUACGUUUUGGAUAUUUUUGCUUUGUUUGAUCGCCUCGCCGCACCUGAAAGGGGGCGUGGCCGGGAGGCCCGAUGAGCUGCACAUCGGCGGCAUCUUUCCGAUAGCCGGCAAAGGAGGAUGGCAGGGCGGUCAGGCGUGUAUGCCUGCCGCAAGACUGGCGUUGGAUGAUGUCAACAAGCAGCCGAAUCUGCUGCCGGGCUUCAAGCUCAUCCUGCACAGCAACGACAGCGAGUGUGAGCCCGGUUUGGGCGCCAGCGUGAUGUACAAUCUGCUCUACAAUAAACCGCAAAAACUGAUGCUGCUGGCGGGAUGCAGUACGGUCUGCACCACUGUGGCCGAGGCUGCCAAAAUGUGGAAUCUCAUUGUGCUCUGCUAUGGGGCCUCGAGUCCGGCUCUAUCGGAUCGCAAGCGGUUUCCCACUCUAUUCCGCACCCAUCCAUCGGCCACGGUGCACAAUCCCACCCGCAUCAAGCUGAUGAAGAAAUUCGGCUGGUCUCGGGUGGCCAUUCUGCAGCAGGCCGAGGAGGUCUUUAUAUCGACCGUAGAGGAUCUCGAGAAUCGAUGCAUGGAGGCUGGCGUUGAAAUCGUAACUAGACAAUCAUUUCUUUCCGAUCCAACAGACGCCGUGCGCAACUUGCGACGCCAGGAUGCACGCAUCAUCGUGGGACUCUUCUAUGUCGUGGCCGCCAGAAGGGUACUAUGCGAAAUGUACAAACAGCAGCUAUAUGGCCGGGCCCAUGUAUGGUUCUUUAUUGGCUGGUACGAAGACAAUUGGUAUGAGGUCAACCUAAAAGCGGAGGGCAUCACCUGCACAGUGGAGCAAAUGCGGAUAGCUGCCGAGGGACAUCUGACGACAGAGGCUCUUAUGUGGAAUCAAAACAAUCAGACAACUAUAUCUGGAAUGACUGCAGAAGAGUUUCGACAUCGACUGAAUCAGGCAUUAAUCGAAGAGGGCUAUGACAUCAAUCACGAUCGCUAUCCGGAGGGUUAUCAGGAGGCACCUCUUGCUUAUGAUGCGGUGUGGAGCGUGGCUUUGGCUUUCAACAAGACCAUGGAACGAAAUAAAUCGCUGAGGGAUUUCACCUAUACGGACAAGGAAAUUGCCGAUGAAAUCUAUGCUGCCAUGAACUCAACACAGUUUCUGGGUGUCUCGGGUGUGGUGGCAUUCAGUUCUCAGGGCGAUCGUAUUGCCUUAACUCAAAUCGAACAGAUGGUAAAUGGCAAGUACGAGAAGUUGGGCUACUACGAUACCCAGUUGGAUAAUCUAUCGUGGCUGAAUACUGAACAGUGGAUAGGUGGCAAGGUUCCUCAAGAUCGCACAAUUGUCACGCAUGUUCUACGCACCGUGUCCUUGCCAUUAUUUGUGUGCAUGUGCACCAUCUCCAGUUGCGGCAUCUUUGUUGCCUUCGCCUUGAUCAUCUUUAAUAUAUGGAAUAAGCAUAGAAGAGUAAUACAAUCCUCGCAUCCCGUUUGCAAUACGAUCAUGUUAAUUGGUGUCAUCAUCUGUCUAAUAUCUGUCAUCUUACUGGGUAUGGACGGACGUUUUGUUAGCCCCGAGGAAUAUCCAAAGAUAUGUCAAGCUCGAGCUUGGUUACUAUCCACCGGUUUUACAUUAGCAUACGGUGCUAUGUUCAGCAAGGUCUGGCGUGUGCACCGAUUUACAACAAAAGCAAAAACUGACCCGAAGAAAAAAGUGGAACCUUGGAAGCUAUACACCAUGGUUUCGGGCCUCUUAUCAAUAGAUUUAGUGAUAUUACUCUCAUGGCAGAUCUUUGAUCCGCUGCAGCGUUAUCUCGAAACAUUCCCACUCGAAGAUCCAGUAUCUACUACUGAUGAUAUUAAAAUACGUCCAGAGCUUGAGCAUUGUGAAAGUCAACGCAACUCCAUGUGGUUGGGUCUUGUGUAUGGCUUCAAGGGGCUAAUCCUGGUGUUUGGCCUGUUUUUGGCGUACGAGACGCGCUCCAUUAAAGUGAAACAGAUCAACGAUUCGCGUUAUGUGGGCAUGAGCAUCUACAAUGUGGUGGUCCUCUGUCUGAUAACAGCUCCGGUGGGCAUGGUCAUUGCAUCGCAACAGGACGCGUCGUUCGCCUUCGUUGCUCUAGCUGUGAUAUUCUGUUGUUUCCUAAGCAUGCUGCUGAUAUUUGUGCCAAAGGUCAUUGAGGUCAUACGUCAUCCUAAGGAUAAGGCCGAAUCGAAAUACAAUCCCGAUUCGGCGAUAUCAAAGGAGGAUGAAGAACGCUAUCAGAAACUUGUUACCGAGAACGAGGAAUUACAACGAUUAAUAACACAGAAGGAGGAAAAGAUACGAGUCCUGCGACAGCGUCUGGUGGAGCGGGGCGACGCCAAGGGCACAGAACUGAAUGGAGCAACAGGUGCCGCCGCUGCCACCGUCACGACAACUUCGCAGCCCGCUUCCCUCAUCAACACAUCCGCACAUGCCACGCCCGCAGCCACACUCGCAAUCACACAAGAAAUUUUAGCUAUUUUCGUGGGCAUUGACACAAUUGAUUAGGAACAACAGUAUAAAUGGAGUUUAAAGAUACUCAUGAGCAUCGUACAUGAAAAAACUUGUCAAUUUCCUUUGCGUGAUAGGUGAAUUAUACAGAAAAUAUGAAAUGCAAAUAAUGAUGCUAACGGAAGAUGGAUUUAAUAAAAAACGCGUACUUAAUAAACUUUGUAUCAACUUUAAGCUGAGCUAAAUAAGUGAAUUGGUAGCAGCAAUUUUGUAGAAUAAUGAAAUAUGUAUUGUACCUUAAACGUGUUUAGAAUUAAUAUUGAAAACGAAAUACUUUUAACUUUAAAAUGAAAAACACGACAUUAGCAUCUGAACUAAGCGAAUUGUUAGGCUUUAAAGUUGAAACACAAAAACCAAAAACUUUAGUAAGUCGAGAAAAUACCUAAAAAAAAGAUCAUGUUAAAGUUAGUCAUUUUUAAACGCAAGAAGAGAAAACAAAUCGUUGUUUUUUUAGAAAAUACUGUACUGUUGAGUUAAGCAAGUUUUCUGUUUGAACCUCUGUUGCUCAGUGCUUUCUCCAAGAGCUCUCUAUAAUUAAUCAGCAUAGAUGAAAACCCCCAACUGGCGGCCUUCUCCUUAUUCUCAGUUUUUGUUUACGUGUCUUUUCCAAACCAGGUCGCGGCAAUACAAACCAAACUCCUAGACUCCGGGAAUCAAACUAUGGAACUCUAUAGAUCUCGACAGGGUAUUCGGUUUGAUUCCCAAUAUGUUAGCUAAGUUAGCUUUAGGCACUUUGUAUAGAUCCAUGUGUGUGUGUGUGACGUGUAAGUGUGCACUCGAUAAAGUUUUAAUAGUUUACAUUUCAGCAAGUCGUAAAUAGCACAAAUCGAAUGAAAAGUCUAGCAAAUAUUAGAUAAUGAAAGGAUAUGUAUACAUUUAGCUUAGACUAGUGUAGCAUCAAAAGUUAAUAUUAUUAUAUUAUGGAUGGGUUAAGUGCUCAAGAAACGUUUUAAUUUUUAUGUACUGUUAUACAUAGACAAAUUAAAUGGUAAUGAAAAAUUUUUGAACCUACUGUAAGUUCUAAAAUUGCAUUUAUAAAGUAUAUAAAUUAUACACAGGAAAUGAAGAGAAACCGAACAUAAUUGAGGGCGUCGUUAUAUAGGAAUUGACUUUAUUUAAACUAAAACUUAACUGAAACCUAUUGACAAAAUAAUUAACUCACUCACUUGCAUAACAUACUAUCACUCACUCACCCUUCAACGAAAUCAAAUCUUUUAAAUUCAAUCUCACUCAUAUUCAAUCAAUUUAAUAGAAAGGGGAAAAUUCCAUCACGAAAAGUGCUAUAAGAAACGUACAUAGACAACAUCAAAUUCCUACGAAAUGAAAGACUUUAAAAUCUAAGCCGUUAAAUAAAAUGGAAAACCAAGCAAAAGAAAUGAAUACUAUACACACGAUAAACAAUGAUUAUAUAUAAAAAUAUUGAAAUAUAUAUAUAUGAAAUUUACACAUGGCAAAGAACAUCUCUAGUACAUUGAUAUUUGUUAAGGAUCGUUGGAAUUUGUAGUUUAAUUGGAUUGUAUUUCGUAUACAUAUAGGGAACGCUGUUAGGGUAGACGUGUAACUCGAGAUCAUGUAUAUUGUAUAUAGAGCAUUUAGCUGCGCCUCCUUAACACUAUAGAAAAUUACAACCAGAAGCAACCGAAUCUGCAAUUGCAACAAUUUAAUCGACUUAUGUUUUCAAAUCCGAAUCAAUAUUAACAUUAUGCUUUUGUCUCAAAUCACAGCCGAAAGAAGAACUUUUAGUAAAGUAAGACACAGUUUAGCCAAGCUAAUUGUUGUAUAAAUACGAGUAAAUAGAAAAAGCAAAGGUAAAAUAAAUCCAGAUUUAUUUCAAACGAAAACACAAAAAAAGUGAAAAAUUACUGUUAGUGACAAAAUAAAUAUGAACCACACAAAAUGGUAGCAAUAUGCAGGAAAAACAAAAGGUCAAAGUAAAGAAAAACUCGGUAUGUUCUUAUGAAUGUAACAUUAACGAAUUAAUUUAAAGUUUAAUAAAAAGGAAUAAAUGAGAAUUUUACUGAAUAAAAACACAAAACAGAAUUA